UUCUGCAACAACUACUUUCGUACAACAACAAUUUUUGAAUUCAAUAUCUCGAUCUCUCUAUAUAUCCCCCUUUUUCAUUCUAUCUAUAUCUAUAUUUAUACAUAUAAAUUUAGGGUUUUUAAGUUUGAUCUAUAUAAUUAUCUCAAUUUCAAGAAACACCCAUUUAAUUUCAUCAAUUUCCCAGAAAAUUUCGGAUGGUUGCAGGAGGCUUUGAGUGGGACUCAUAAUGGGAAGCAGCGAGAUGGAUAAAUCCGCUAAGGAGACGAAAGAAACAACAAAGGAGUCGAAGGCUGUGAACUCCCAGGAGCAGACUUCGGGUAGUGUCACCGGUACGGUCACUCCGGAUUGGACUGGGUUUCAGCCUUAUCCUCAUAUGCCUCCACAUGGAUAUAUGGCAUCAAGCCCUCAAGCUCACCCCUACAUGUGGGGCGUUCAGCAUCUUAUGCCGCCUUAUGGUACUCCUCCUCAUCCGUAUGUUGCUAUGUACCCCCCUGGUGGCAUUUACACUCAUCCAUCUAUGCCUCCGGGUUCAUAUCCUUACAGUCCGUAUGCAAUGCCCUCUCCAAAUGGUAUUGCUGAAGCUUCUGGUAAUACCCCGGGCAAUACAGAAGUUGAUGGUAAGGCAAUGGACGGGAAGGAAAAACUUCCUAUUAAAAGGUCAAAAGGAAGUCUCGGCAGUUUAAAUAUGAUUACAGGCAAGAACAAUGAACCAGGCAAAGCAGGUGCAUCUGCUAAUGGAGUUCAUCCGAAAAGUGCUGAGAGUGGAAGUGAAGGUUCAAGUGAAGGAAGUGAUGGAAAUUCUGAAAAUGAUUCACAAUUAAAAUCAGGAUCCAGGCAAGACUCUAUCGAAGCCACAGGUGAAGCAUCUCAAAAUGGAAAUUCAGCAAAUGGAGGACCAAAUGCAGCUAAUUCUGUGAUCAACCAAACAGUGGCUGGUCCAACCACUAACUUAAAUAUUGGUAUGGAGUACUGGAAUGGUACAAGUUCACCCAAUAUCCCUGCAAUGCAUGGGAGCAUCACUUCUGUUCAAGCUGCAGGUGGAAUGGUUACUGCUGGGUCAAGGGACAACAUGCAGUCGCAACUCUGGUUACCGGAUGAAAGGGAGCUAAAGCGGCAGAGAAGGAAGCAAUCCAAUAGAGAGUCUGCUCGGAGAUCCAGACUGCGCAAGCAGGCUGAAUGUGAUGAGCUGGCCCAACGAGCUGAAGCUUUAAAGGAAGAAAAUGCCUCCCUUAGAGCAGAAGUGAGUCGCCUUAGGAGCGACUAUGAUCAGCUUCUUGCUCAAAAUGCAUCGCUGAAGGAACGACUAGGGGAAAUGCCAGGGAGAGAAGAAGAAACCCCUGAUGGAAAUGAACAAAUGGGUACCGAAGAUCAUGCAGAGUGAUCGAUGAAGUUCUGGCUUUCCCUGUUUCCCAAGAGCUUACUCUAACGACAAUUAGCAAACAAGAAAAUGUGUUAUUACAUAGUAGUCCCGUCAUCUAGUCAAGAAUUCAUUGAACACUGACCUUUGUGUCGUGUCUUAGAUAUGCAGAGUAACUAUUAAAUUAAAUGGUUGUCAUCAAUGGUUCCAGGCCCAUCUUUUAGUGCCGGAGGAACCCGGAUGAUAUGUAGACUGUAGUGUGAAAUUCAUGACAUGCCCUUGUGUAUUCCUAAAAAGGGUAUUGAUCUCUAAUUAUUUCAACAGUUUAUGUUCUAAAUAUGAUCAAUGUGAUUGUUGUUUGUUAGCUGUUGCA